AUGUUUAUAAAUAAAGAAGAGGUAGAACUAGAAACAAACCAACAACAGCUACUUCCAGAUGAAAUAAUCAACAAAAUAAUAGAGUUAUCAUGGAAUAGUAUUGAUUAUUGUACAUGUAUACUUCCAACCUUUAAUACACCUACUCCUAGUUCACUAUCACUCUCCACAACAACAAACAAAGAAAAGAAUAAGAAUAAGAGUAAAAGUACCUCUUUUAGUUGUACAAGUAGUGAUCAUGAUUAUAAUGAUCCAUACACUAGAAUACAUGUAGUGAAUCAAGAGAAACAGUAUCGUGUGACAUGUCCAUUACACAGUCUCUACAGUGACGCCUAUUACUACAACUAUCGUAGUGAUUUGAAUAGAGAAAAGAUACUUCGAUACAACAAUCAUAUCGAUGAUUUCUAUUCUUACUUUGGAGUACAUCGUGACAAGGCAAGAUGGAGAUUAGAAUUAGGUACUACCUCUAAACAAGUGUUUGCUUUUAUUCAAUCGAAUCUAUUGACACGUGUUAGUUUUAUGGCUGCCACUGAAGACAAGACCAUUCAAGAUCAUCUGAGAAGCAACUAUUGUGCACUCAGUCACAUAAGUUCACUCACAAUGCGGUCGAUUCAAGAGUUUAAUAGAGUGUUUGGGAUUCCAUACGAAACUGCCAAACGUACCAAACAAAAGAUACCUUGUUUCCCAUCGACAUUGCUCCAAAAGGUCGAUAAACUCAUCCUCAUCGAAGAGUCCAAACCAUCGAUACCAAAGACACACAUCACCACCAUGCUCAACAACAAAGUGACUCGUCUCGUAUUCUCUGGUACUGUUGGUGUCAACACUGAACUGAUUGCAUUGACUCGAUCGUUUACCCAUUUAACAUCGAUCAACUUGCUCGGUGUAAAUAAGGUCGAAAGUGACUCUGUAAUCUCGAGUUGGAUCAAGUCUCUUGGGAGACUACGAAAACUACUCUUGCCAGCAUCACAUGUCAAUUGUAUUCAUGAUCUCCAAGAUUCUGUCAAGCAGUCAUUAAAAGUCAUCACUCUACCUCAAAUGAACAAAUUGGAAAAGUUUGCAAGUCUCGAGCAUGUCUUUGUAUUUGUUGGUAAAAAGGAUUGCAAUAGUAGUAGUCUAUUACUCCCGACGGCCACCAUUAAAAGAGUAACAUUUUGUCUCAAUGGUUGUCAACCAAUACCAAACAAGUGGUUAUCAAAUAAUCCAAAUAUCCAAGUGGUUCGAAUCAAAUCACUCGACUCGAUUGACUAUUUUAUUCCAAUUGAAUUAGAAUUGGAAUGUUGGGAGUUGUUAUCAGUUAGAAUAUGUACUUGUAGAAGAGAGUUGGAUUGGGGUGAACAAGAAAGAAAUCUAUCAUUCCUUGGCAUUCUUGGAGAAUACAAUAGUCAGUGUAGAAAUUGUCCAGAACAUCGAUACAAUCACAUUGACGCAUCAAAGAUUAAAAAGACACAACUCGAGUUGGGUUUGAUUAAUCAUCAAAUCCGAUCAUACUUGUUGUACAAGGCCAAUGUUACACACUCUAUUACAUUGUACGAGAAUUCACCAAUUGACAAGUUGGUUGCCCUCGUAGGCAAAGACUCGUUUAUCAAUAAUAUCACUGGGUUAAAUGUCCGAUUUAACAACAACUAUUCGAUUCCAUCAUCAUAUCUUCAAAAAAUGUUUCAUCAUUUGAUGGAUCGAGUCACCCAUUUUAAAGGAUCAAACUUUCCCUUUAUCAAAGACAUCAACAACACAAAAAUUGUACCACCACCACUCACUCAUAUGAAAAUCGAAGAGAGUAUUGCAACCUAUUUGACACCUUCAUUCUUUCAAUUCACACUCGUCACCUCACUCAACCUAUCUGGUUCAAAAAUCAACAUGACACCAGAAUUUCCACCAUCCCUAAUUGAUUCUUCCUUUCCACAUUUAAAAAAGCUACUUUUUCAUCCCAACAAUAUUGAUCUUUACGAUCGUAUCCCUUCUACACUUCAAAACCGUCUAGUAACUGUAUCAUGGACACACGAUAGCACUGGUUUAGAUAGUCAAACCAAUGUCUUGGGUAAAUUUGCUCUAUUGAAAACAGUGUACAUGUUGUACUGGAGAAGCAGGGUACCACCAUUCCCAUCCAAUGUUGAAAAACUAGUCUUUCCAAAGAACCUAGUCUACAAUUACACUGUCAAUCAUAUUCUUCUCAACAGUCCAUCUAUUAAAACAAUCAAACGUGUCUAUCAAUCUGGUAGCACACUUCAAAACUGUUUGGAAUCAAUCAGUGAAACACCCUACAAAUCAAACCUCCAAACUCUAAUCGCCACCUUUUACAGCGACUAUCAAAUUCCAAUUGUAUCACCACCUCUACAAACAUUUAAACCCAAACUAUCACAAGAUCAUCCAUUUGAAUAUUAUGCUUGUAUUCGUAAUCCUUGUAAUAAUAAAUCAAAUUCAAAAAUUCGUCAUUGUUGUUAUGAUGAUUAA